AUGGUCCAGGUGGCGCCUCUCCCGCGCCAAGAGAUGAAGUGCGUCGCCGAGGUCGCGGACAAGGCGGUGUCCACGGAAGACCUGAAGCGGCGCCAGCCAGAUCCGGGCAAGGACGACCCCGGAGGCCCCGUGAUGGAGAUCAUGCGCCUGGAGGCCGUCCUGGCAGCGCUGGUGCAGAGCAAGGUGAUCUCCAUCAAGGGCUCCGGCAAGGAAGCGCGCCGGCCCGUGGCGCCCGAGGACUUCGCCCCCGGGAACCUUCUCUCGUCUUCCACCGUGUCCUCGCACAAGGACGGCGCUCCCCAGCACCACCACCACCACGGCCGGCGCAAGAGCCGCCACCACCACCACCGGGCGUCGGACGCCGGCGGGCUCCUGGCGUCGGGCCUGUUCCCCAAGCGGCGCCACCGACACCGGCACCGCCGCCACCACCAGCACCACCACGACUGCCAGCUGCACCACCGCGAAUACCGCGACGAGGAGGAGCUGUACCAGCUGCAGGAGACAGCGUUCUGCGCGAGCACCGCGACCCUGGCGCCGCCCGGCGCGGGCCCGUCCCGCUGCGCCUCGUGCUGCCCCAGCCCCGCGCCCUCGCAACGGCAAAUCCUCCACUCGCACUACGACACCGAGUUCGUGGCGCUCGACAUGGACCUGGAGGACGAGGCGUUCCUCAGCCUGCACGAGGAGGCGCUGGGGGACGACGGCGACGACGCGGAGGCGGGGCCGGCGGCGGCCCGGCGGCGGCAGCACCGGAGGCGGCGGCGGCGGAAGCGCGAGUACGGCGGCGACGGGCCCGGGCGGCCGAAGAGGACAGCGCGCGUCAUGGACCCGGAGGACCUGCCCAAGAGAGCGCGCUGGACCAUCAUCGCGACGGCGUGCCUGCUGCUGCUGAUGAGCGUGCUGCUGGUGGGGGUCACGCUGAGGAUGGCGCCCAUCAUCGACGAGAUGGGAGUCGUGAACCCGAGCCAGCCGGGCGAGUCCACGGACUCCAAGAACUGGCGCCUCUGA